CCUGUUUAACAUACACCUUUCAGCUUUUCACCUCGUCUGCAUCCGCUCGAUUGCGUGCCGUCCUCUCUUUUUCAUUUCCAUCUGCUGCCGCCCGACGAACUCACCACCGACGCAAGGUCUCUCUACUUCAGACCAAAAGGGUUAUUCUUUUUUGGUAUCCCGACUAUACGGUUCAACGGCGGACUGGCCACUGCAUCACAGGCCACGAGAAAUUGAAACGGCGGCAAUUCAUCACCGCCGUAGCAGCAUCCAAGCCAAGGGUUGUUCGAAGCCCUUGCUACAUGAUAUGAGAGCAACUCGGAGAUCCAUCGAUAUUUGAAACAAGAACGACCGUCUGUCAGCGGGAUCCUCUGUCACGAUGUUUUGUGCAUACUGUGGACAGAAAUUUACUCGCAAGGAGCAUUUGGAAAGGCACAUUCCAACCCAUACGAAUGUGAAGCCUCACAGAUGUACCGCCUGUGGCAUCUCCUUUGGCCGGAGGGACCUACUCACGAGGCACUACCAAGCAUAUCACGAGGCCAGAGAUCCAAUGGAACCGAUACCAGGAAGCGCGCCGCCAGUUGCGGGACGUACGCCGAUUGCUUGCCAGAAUUGCGCAAACGCAAAGACCGGGUGCGACAAGAGGGUGCCAUGCUCAAGAUGUGCCGAGAAGAACCUCGACUGCGCGGCACGGUACGCGCGGAGGUCUUCCAAGGCCGCUGUGCGGGCGGCGCAGGCGAGCGCAGCCUUUCACAACAACCAAAUAUCAAAUCCGACGACGACAGCAAUGCACCAUCCGCAGCACCCGCACCAUCACAACCACGUACAAGUAGUAAACCCUGCCAUGAUGGAGAUUGAUCCUGCCAUCCCCAAGCAGGAAUCUUUGGUCCAAACUCCAGAAGGGGUGGAACCACAAGCACUCAUGGAGACUUCUCGCCUUCACACCAGCCCACAGCAAAAGUCGCCAUUGACUUCACAUCAUCAAAGUCCCUUAGAAUUUCCGUCACCCCACCCUCGACCAGAAGGAAUGGAGGAUUUUAUGCACCUUAGCAACGAUUUUUCGGGCACGGAAUCUCACUACAACGACCUGAUGAUAUGGCCCGACUAUCCUUUGGACCUGGAAAUGUACCCCAGCCAAAUUCCGAUGGCCCGACCAGAUCUGACUGUGCAGCCCUUUGCUGAUCUGGGAAGCGAGAUCUCGUCAACCUCAGAACCGAUGGCGACUUCAUCCUCCCGGGGCUCCACACACACACGCGGAACAAGCAUUUUGUCGACGGCAGAAUUCGAGACGUCAAUGAAGCCAACCGAUCUAGCAGUCAGCAACACCCCCACAGGCAACUCAAUAGCAGAAUUCGAGGUUGUCAUAGCUGCCGAGGCAGCGUGGCCAUUAGCAAGGUGCAACCCGCCCAUUUAUUCAAACACUUGCCCGAGAACAGCAAUCGUACACCUAGAGUGUCUCGAACAGAAAUCCAAAGUGGAGGGGACCUGGAGCUCGUUGGAAAAGUACAUGGAGCAAGUUGACUGGGAUGCGGCAGACCUAUCUUCUGUAGUUCCUAUCACCUCGAGGACACGUGAUAAGAUGCUUGCCAUCACGCAAGGGUUUUUGCACAAGGCUCUCGACAUCCAUCGAGGAGGUAUUACUGGUUUCUCUAACCAGGGUCAUCACCGCCCGGGUGAUUUCAACUUCAUCGUUCUGCCUCCUACCAAGAUCCUCGAGUACUUUCUACGCAGCUACAUUCGCACGCUCUCCCCGUACUACUCACUCUCCUUAGGAAGCUGCGUCGAUCCAAAUGAGAUGCUGCGCAACAAUCAUGCUUCCACUUUGUUGGUGCUUCUCAUGAUUGCCCAAGGCGCAGCAGCCGUGCCAAUGGCUGAGGCGCGAUACCUCUCAACUGGCUUGGUAGAAACAUGCCGUAUUUCGCUCUUCGACAUCAUCGAGAAGAACGUGGAGUUGUCAGCCGACCCCACGGCGCUGAGAUGCGCCCUUCUAUUUACGUUGCUAGGAGCAUGGAGCGGUGACAAGUGGCUCAUGGACAUCUCAAUGGGUCAAAGGGGCAUGUACAUGUCCAUGGUCAAGCAUGCUGGCAUGAUGGACCCUCAACCGCCCAUGAUUCCAGUUUUCACAAACUCAACCAGCGCUGAGCUGGAGUGGAGGGCCUGGUGCCACCGCGAAUCUCAGAAUAGACUUGUGUACAAUUGGGUAAUGAUGGAUCAGGAGCUUAGCCUCUUCCAUGACACCUCUCCCUUAAUGUCAAUAAGCGAUCUUCUGUGCCCGUUGCCAGGGCCUGACGAACUUUGGAGGGCACCCAACUCCGAGGUCUGGCUGUCAUCUGUCCAGUCCCUGUAUGGUGGCAACAACGUCAACGUCAACCCACAGCUACUCUCCGCACCAUCUCCCACGCCAUCGUUAUCCGACUUGUUUCAGAGCUUCUUACAUGAUACUUUGACACCCGGCAAGAACAGCCUGUCGCCACAACAUCUUAGGCUCCUACUCCACCCAUUACAAUCACUUCUCUGCCACCUUCGGCAGAUGCUGUCAUGCUUUCCCGACGUCCCGUCAACCCGACGCACAACAUCUCGUACCGUCACUCGGGCCUCUACACUUCUGAGGCUUGAGGAGGUUCAGGCUUUGUUGCAAAGAUGGUACGAGCUGUCGAUGGAAUUCUCAAAGGAGAGCCCCGACUGCCCCAUCACCCGUUGCAACAUGGUGCUCUACCAUCUCAUCUCCCUCAACGCAGUAACAAACUUCCCAGAAGUUGAGCGCCUCGCCCGUCGCGAGGGCUUUGACGGAUCCUACUGGGAACUGUCCAUGCGUCACAAGAUGUGCAUCUACCAGCGGGAGGAAGCCGUCUUCCACUGCGGACAGGUCCUGAGGCUGGUUCGGUCGAUGCCCCAGGAUCGUCGGCCAGUGUGGUGGAGCGCGGCUGUCUACCGGGCCGUCCUGAUACUAUGGGCCGACUCGAUGGCCAGGCUAGACCCCAACAUGAAGCGCGAGGAUACGGUCGGUCCGUCUUCAACUCCCGCCGCCGCUACAACUCCAGGACCUCUAGUCGCCGUUGAUCAAGUGACUCCCGAGAACCCAGCAGUAAUUGCCUACCUCUGGAACAGGGAAGGUGUUGCGCUCCUCACAAGAAGCGAUGGAAGGCCCGUGAGCCUCGACAACCCAGCUGAGGUGCUUGCCUACGGAGUCAAGGAGAUUGAGGAUGCCGUGAGCAUACGCUUCAGCGAUGGAAUCAAGAGAAAACUGGCCUCUUUGUCCCAAAACUGGAGUGUUGGCUCGCCAUUGGCUGGGUCUACAUAAAAAAGCGCUCUUCAUUUUUGACACAAAUCACUCUCUUUCCGUCUUUCCUUCCUUCUUCGAUUCUUCAUUUGGCUGUCCAUACUUGGUCCACAGUCAUCUGGCAUCAUAUUGCAUACAUGAGCCUUGGGUACUUAUACGGUUUAUUAUUUCACUGUCACUAUAUCAUGGUUUAUCCUUGCCUAGAGGUAGGCGCAUCUUUUUUGCCUUUUUGGAAAUGGGGGGGCUUUGGGGGGUUUACGUCACGCCAGGGUGGUCAUAUAUAUGCUUACCAACCUGUGUUUUUUUUUCCUACGGUCUUUUACUUCCUGCCUCUAUUUUUGUUUCAUCAUUUCUGCCAACCGAUGGUAGUUUUUAAACUUUUUUUUUAUUCUUCGCUUCUUCAAGUUAAUCAUUCCAUGAUUGGACCAAUUCUGUACAUAAACUUUUUAUUCUUGUUUCCAUAUGGAGUUUCUGGCUGCGCCAAGGCUCUCUCUGUUCAUAUUUGGAAGCGUGGACAUUACGGUAUCCCACUGCACGGAAUACACAUCGUUUCA